GACUGGUUGAAGGGAAAAUAUUGGUCAGGAAUGUCCACAGACAACACCUUCCAAGCUAGAGUGCUCCCUCAGCCCUGCACUCGUACCACUCCCCAGAAAGAGUCGCUGACGCGUCUCCAGCGCCGGCUGGGGGGAGGGAACUCGGCGUGUGUUGCCUUACGCAGUGGAACAUCGAGAAGCUGUGGUUGUCGAAGGCGAUGGCAGGAGCUGUGUACACGCUGCUGUCUCUAUGCCUCAGCCUGGGGCAGCUGCCGCUAGCUAGCGCCUACUUCUCCGAGGAACGCCAACCCAGCGAGUCCCCACUGCAGAGCCCCACCGUGCUGAUUACCAUCAUCGCCCGGAACACGGCCCACACCCUGCCUUACUACCUGGGGGCUAUCGAGAGGCUGGACUACCCCAAGGACAGAAUCUCCAUUUGGGCAGCGACGGAUCACAAUAUAGACAACACGACAGCUAUCCUGCGUGAGUGGCUGACCAGCAUGGAGAGGUUUUACCAUUAUAUAGAGUGGCGCCCAAUGGAUGAACCAGUAUCUUAUCCUAAUGAGCUGGGCCCCAAACACUGGACCCACAGCAGAUUUGAAUAUGUUAUGAAGCUGAAGCAAGCUGCCCUCAAAUCAGCAAGGAAACAGUGGGCUGAUUACAUCUUGUAUGUGGACACAGAUAACAUUCUCACAAAUGACCAGACACUGAAACAGUUGAUAGCAGAGAAUAAGACUGUCGUAGCUCCACUGCUGGUAUCUCAGACAGCGUACUCCAAUUUCUGGUGUGGGAUCACUCCUCAGGGUUAUUACCGCAGGACGGCCGAGUAUUUCCUCACGAGACAGCGGCGGCGGUUGGGCUGCUUCGCGGUGCCGAUGGUGCACUCGACAGUGCUGGUGGACCUGCAGAAGGAAGCCUCGCGACACCUGGCGUUUUACCCGCCACACCCGGAGUUCUCCUGGGCCUUCGACGACAUCGUUGUGUUUGCUUUCUCAUGUCGUGCUGCAGAAGUUCAGAUGUAUGUGUGCAACAAGGAGAGAUAUGGUUUCAUCAACCUUCCUGCCAAACCUGAGGGCACUCUGGAGGACGACAGCCUGAACUUCGUGCAUCUUAUGUUGGAUGCCAUGAUUGAUGGACCUCCAAUGUAUCCAUCGCGAUUCACCCAUCUCCCACCUAAGUAUCCAGAUAAAAUGAUAUUUGAUGAGGUUUUUCUCAUUAACCUCAAACGACGGCCAGACAGACGGAAGAGGAUGCUUCAGGCGUUGUAUGAGCAGGAGAUUGAUUGCAAAAUAAUGGAUGCUGUAGAUGGAAGCGCUCUAAACAGCAGCAUCAUAAAAUCAAUGGGAAUCAACAUGUUACCUGGAUAUUAUGAUCCAUUCUCUGGCAGAACUCUAACCAAGGGAGAAGUUGGAUGUUUUCUUAGUCACUAUUCCAUCUGGAAAGAAGUUGUGGAUCGAAACCUGAGCAAGGCUGUGGUGUUUGAAGAUGAUGUGAGGUUUGAGGUUUACUUCAAGAGGAAGCUGGUGAGACUGCUGAGAGAAGUAGAGGAUGUUGGAUUGAAUUGGGACCUGAUCUACCUUGGUCGGAAACGAGUGAAUCCCAAACAAGAGGAGGCUUCAGCGAAUGUUCAGAAUCUGGUGGUCGCUGGGUAUUCCUACUGGACUCUGGCUUAUGCCAUUUCAUGGCAGGGAGCGAAAAAAUUGAUCGACUCGGAUCCGUUGAAAAAGAUACUUCCUGUGGACGAGUUCUUGCCCAUCAUGUACGACAAGCACACAAAUGAGGAAUAUAAGAAAGUUUACCCCAAACGAGACCUGAAGGCGUUUUCUGUCCAUCCACUGUUGGUGUUUCCCAGUCACUAUACUGGAGACCCUGCCUGGCACAGUGACACCGAAACCUCCACCAUCUGGGACGAUGACUCUGUGAAGACGGAUUGGAGCGGCUCGCAAAAGACGCUGAAGGACUCACAAGACGGGGCCUCACGUCAGUCCAUUGGCUCUUCCUCCAGGGAUGAACUGUAAUCCUGACAAAAGUUUUCAGAAAGUUGACUUUCUGCAGAAGAUGACGAUUUGGAUGGAUAGACCUGUCAAAGCUUGAAUGAAGAUUGCUCAGCUGCAAUGCUGCAAACUUUAACCGAAGCUCAUCUUUCAGACAAAGGCCACACAGCUGAAGAGAUGAAACUGUACGACAAGAAAAGUUGUUCGAGCCCCUUUCAGCACUUGACAUACAUGUGUGAAAUAUGGAAUUGUUGCCCAGCACUAAAAAUUGGUGCAUCAUUGCAGCGUUAUCUUGAACCCAACUCACCAACAAUAUGAAGAAAGAUGUGUGUCUAACAAGCCAAAUUUUCAGGUCCACCUCCCCCAUUAAUCCAUCUCCUUGACCCACCAAUGCCGUAGUUUAGGAUAGAGAAUGACUCUGAAUGAGCCUCUCUUCAGGAUCGCUGUCCAGUCUUUCUUCCGACCCGAAAGCCCAGCUGCCCUGAGAGGUUAUUUCUGCCAGGCAGCACUGAUGGGCAGCUGUUCACUGCUGAGGUGGAGGAGUUGAGACUGGGUGCUGAGAGAAAGGGAGAAACUAAAAUUUGAGCACAUCACCAUAGAGGGCAUAGCCUUGUAUUGCACUGUACAAUGCUGUGGAAAUAAAACCUCGCGGGCAACACAAGGGGAAAAGCUGCUGAAAGGUGUUGGUGACCAUUCCUCUUGAAUGAAUGUGUCCUCGCACUCCGUGAACCUCAAGAGCCUUAUGUGUGUAACUAUGUCUUGUAAGGCCCUACUGAUUAGAGGGCCCAGAUCUGACAGCCAGUCUUUGUUGUUUUGGCUGAUCUCAGCUGUUGGUUGCAGUGUAAAACUGAGCUAGGACAGAGGCCCUCUGCUAACGGCAAGAAAAAGAAAUUAAUGCUGAACUCCUGACUGAAGAUCCAUUGAGUCCUGUCUGUAAGCAGGCAUUUACAUCUCAUUGGGUGAGUUCAGGCUCUUCAUCCAUCUCAAAAUAGUCCUUUUCUUUAAUUCAGUAUUGGGAUGUGCACCUCACUAACAAGGUCACCUUGAUUACUCAUCCCUAAUGAAUGGCAUGCUCAGCUCUUUCAGCUGACAGUUAAGGGUCAAUCACAUCAUCAUGGGCCUGGUGUCACACAUAUGCCAGACUUGGUAAUUUCCUUACCCAAAGGCCAUUAGUGAACCACAUGACAAUCCAUUGGUUCUGUGAUUUUUUUUUCUUUAAAAUCAUUCAUGGGAUGUAGGCAUCACUGUUGAGACCAGCAUUUAUUGAUCUGGAGAAGAUGGUGAGCCAUUGUUUUAAACACCGUGCGGGAAGAGGAGGGAGGGAAGAGCUACGCCAAUGGUGCUGUUAGGUGGGAGAUGUAGUAUUCUGACCCCAGAUUAUUAUUUUUAUUAGUGAUUAGAACUUAUUCCAGAUGUAGUUAUGAAUUUAAAUUCCCCACAAUUACCAUUGAUGGGCAGAGCAUUACAGGUGGCCUCUGGAUUCCAAGUCCAGUCGCAUGUGACCUCCUGCCUUGCUAGGAAGUGGGUGAGAUUGGCCCACACAAACAAUGCACAAUGGACUCUUAUGAACCAAUAACACACUGCACAUACACUUGGCUUUAUCAAUAAUCCAUGGCCAAGAUAUUAGAGAGUUCAUGCCCCCUAGACCCCAGAUAUUGCCUUAAUAUAGGUGCAGGGAAUAAAAUUCAAGAAAUGGGGGAAUUAAUUCCAAACACAACUUGGCCUUGAACUAGGGAGUGAGCAGCUCAAGAAUGAUAUUACAACAGUUUGGUAAAGUAAUUAACUGGUUCUUGGCCUACAUUUACAGACAGAAGAGGAAAUGUUUCACUGAUCAUUUUCUGACAGAGCCUUUCAAACUUUCGUUUUUCACUUUUUUCAGCCAUUUUGUAUUCUAAACCCAGCCACAUGUGGAUGGCAUGGUGGUUAGCUGGUUAGCACUGCUACGUCAGAGCGCCAGGGACCUAAAUUCGAUUCCAGCCUUGGAUGACUGUCUGUGUGCAGUUAGCACGUUCUCCCCAUUUCUGCGUGAGUUUUCUCCACAGUCCAAAGGUGUAGAGGUUGGAUGGAUUGGCCAUGUUUUAUUGUCCAUAGCAUCCAGGGAUGUGCAGGUUAGGUGGAUUAGCCAUGGUAAGUGCAGGAUUGCGGUGAUCGGGUGGCGGGCAGAGUUUAGGUGGGGUGCUGUCGGAGGGUUAUGCAAACUCAAUAGGCCAAACAACCUCUUUCCACACUGUAGGGAUUCUAUGAUUUGUUUAAAUUCAACUUUCUUAUCUCUCCUUGUUAAAUCUUUGAGGAAUAAAGAAUUGAAUUGAAAGACAGCAGAAACACUUAGGAAGAGGCAUCAAUACAGGGUGUAGUAUGAUGAGAAGAAAGGGUUGUAAUUGAAAUAUUAGCCCAAGGUAACAUUGAAUUUAGACAAAUUAAGGACUGAUGGCAAGAAACUCAACUUCAUAGAAAGCUGGGAGUGGUGACCAGAAUCAUUGAAGGAAUUGCUGGUGCUGGGAUGGGAAGAUGGAGGACGGGAUUGGGGGAGGGCCUGUAAUCCUUCUCUGGCUGCAUGAACUAGAAUGGCCUCAAACUGACCUUCCUCCUCAGGAUCACAGCACAAGUUGUGCUCCCAAUCUUAACUGUGCUUUUUUGAACCUGGAUUAUUAGGUAAAUGCUUCUCCUCCUGUUCUCCUGGUGUGGAGUUCUCAACAGCUAGAGCAUACAUUGGAACAUGGUCUCAGUGAAUCAUUGGGAUCUGUUAAUAAGUAGACAAUCAUCAGCUGCUACCACUGUUCAAAGUGCUUAAGGGGAGGUUCAGAGAUACCGUUGUUAUGGAGAUGUUGGUGCACUCAGUUUUGUAUUGGAGUCACAGUUCUGUGUGUACUGAAUUUCAGCAUAAACCAGUGAAAAUGUUUGACAUGCAUGUGGAGCAUUUCUUUGGAAUUGGGUUCAUUAUGUAUUAUGGAUUAAUAUCUUCUUCACCACACUUUUUCACUGUUCAGCUGGUCUGAGUUUUAUAAAAGUCUCAAAUUCAAUGGCCCUGUGGUCUUUUUUCAACCCUUUCAUUUUUACUCCUUGCCCUGUGUCCUGGAGAAUGUUCCAUUUUAUUCUCACUGCAAAUAAAGUCAAGUC